UUAAACAUCAUUACAUAUUUUUUUUGCAGCAAUUCUCCCCUUAUAUGUUUGCCUUUCUCGUAUAUUGUUUUUUCCUACUUCCCAAAUCCCACUUCAAGCUCAAGUAACGGAAAUAUUUAUCCCCCGUUUUUCUGCAAACUGUUCAGAUAACGUGUGGUGGCGCGUGAAUUUCAAGUUUCAUUUUCGGCAGUCGAGAGAGUAGCCCCAUUCCCUGCUCUUGAUUCGAAAUCACACAAAUUAUAAUGGGUAGAAGGAAGAGCAAGCCGCAUCGUUCUGUUGGGAUAGUUUUGAAUAGUAAUGAGACUGCUGAGCAGACAGAAUUGGAAAGAAAGAGAUCUUUAAAUUCUGGGGAAGCAAAUAAGAAUGAAGUUGAAGAGCCUUAUUUCGUUGAAGUUGAUCGGUCUGGUUGGAUUUUGGACGACCACCUUGAUAUUUCCGAAGUUGUUCUGAUGAAUUUGAAUUUCAGAGAUGGAUUUUCCGGUCAUGAAUUGAGUGCAGAGUUUUUUGGGGAUGAGAAGUAUUCGUUAAGGUUUCGAUUAUGCAAUGUGAACAAGUAUGUUGAUCGAAUAAAGUUAGGCCAUUGGCCUAUUUUAUCCUCAACAGAUAUAUUUCUUGAGUUAAUUGAGAAACCUGCCAUGGAGGAGACGGGAGCUUGCUCAGUGAUUUUAUCAGGCAGUUUUGAUGGGUGUGAUGAGGGAAUAACUGGUCUUGUUCAUUUGACAAGUUUGAAGUUUAUGACAUUGAGGCCACUUAUGGAGGUUGGACUGUCAAAUGAUACGACAUCGCUCAGGAUGAGAGUGGAGAUGCUUAGAAGUUCUUUUGAUGCUUGCAAGUCACUUCUUGAUAAUACAAGGGAGAUAUGGAAGAAGAGUAUAAUGAAUGCCAUGGCAUGGUUGCGUCCAGAAGUGGUUACUUCAGAGGCUCGAUAUGGCAUCAGAAAAUGUGCAGAAAUGGAUUUUGAUGUGCAUACAGAGAUAGCUGAUGCAAAUUCCAACCCUAAGAAAAGUGGAAGGUUUGAUGUUGUUGGGUUUUAUGAAGCCAUUAAGCCUCCAAAAACAGAUGCAAUGCUUGAGGAAGACUUUCCUGAUUUGCUUCCUGAGUUGAGACCAUAUCAACGCCGGGCUGCUUACUGGAUGGUGCAACGAGAGAAAGGAGGUUUACAAAGCACACUGAGAAGUGGAGAAAGCAAGUUUUCUUCCCCUCUAUGUUUGCCUGUCGAAUUUCUGAAUACUCAUUCAAAAAUGUUUUACAACCCAUUCAGUGGAAACAUGUCGUUGCAGCCUGUGUCAUCUUCAGCAUACGUUUUUGGUGGUAUUCUUGCUGAUGAAAUGGGUUUGGGGAAAACUGUUGAACUGCUUGCUUGCAUCUUUGCGCACCGCAAUGGAGCAUCUGAAGACAGCCUCUUGCUUGAUACUGAAUCCCAAGCUACCAUAUGUCUUAGAAGAUUGAAGAAGGAGCGUGUGGAGUGUGUAUGUGGAGCUGUGAGCGAAAAUUGGAGAUAUAAAGGAAUAUGGGUACAGUGUGACGUAUGUGAUGCAUGGCAACAUGCGGAGUGUGUUGGUUAUUCGUCUAGAGGAAAAAAUGUAAAAUCCAGAGAAGUUUCUGAUGGACAAAGACAUCAAGAGAGAUCGUCAGCUAACAAGAGAAAGAAGAAUGCAACCACAAUAGUAGAAAGAGAUGGAGAGUAUAUAUGUCCGCCUUGUUCAGAACUGAUACAAGCUACUGACUCUCCUGUAGCUACUGGCGCCACUCUCAUAGUGUGCCCUGCUCCUAUAUUGCCCCAGUGGCAUGCUGAAAUCAUACGCCAUACCCGCCCAGGUUCCUUGAAAACUUAUAUCUACGAAGGAGUGCGGGACACAUCUCUUUCAAAUAAGUCUAUAAUUGACAUCAAUGAACUUGUCAGUGCUGACAUUGUCUUAACAACCUAUGACACACUUAAGGAGGAUCUGUCACAUGAUUCAGAUAGGCACGAAGGGGAUAGGCGCAUCAUGAGAUUUCAAAAGAGGUACCCAGUUAUUCCUACUUAUUUGACAAGGAUAUUAUGGUGGCGGGUUUGUUUGGAUGAGGCCCAAAUGGUGGAGAGUAAUGCGACUUCUGCGACAGAAAUGGCAUUACGCUUACACGCUAAGUACCGCUGGUGCAUAACAGGGACCCCCAUACAACGCAAACUUGAUGACCUAUAUGGGCUUCUUCGGUUUCUCAAAGCUAGUCCUUUUGAUGUUUCUAGAUGGUGGAUUGAAGUUAUGCGAGAUCCAUAUCAGAGAGGAGAUGCUGGAGCCAUUGAAUUUACUCACCAAUUCUUCAAACAAAUAAUGUGGCGUUCAUCAAAAGUGCAUGUUGCAGAUGAGUUGCAACUUCCUCCUCAGGAGGAGUACACCUCUUGGCUCACUUUCUCACCAAUUGAAGAGCACUUUUACCAGAGGCAACAUGAGACUUGUGUAACUGUUGCUCAGGAAGUCAUUGAAAGUUUAAAAGAUGAAAUUCUCAAAAGAAAUGUUUCAGCAUCUGAUGGUUCAUCCGAUCCUUUUAUCACCCAUGUGGAGGCUGGAAAGCUUCUGAACACACUCCUGAAGCUUCGUCAAGCCUGCUGCCAUCCUCAAGUGGGAAGUUCUGGGCUUCGCUCUUUGCACCAGUCUCCUAUGACUAUGGAGGAAAUAUUAAUGGUUCUCAUAAAUAAGACCAAAGUAGAAGGAGAAGAAGCUCUUAGGAGAUUAGUUCUUGCAUUAAAUGGGCUUGCAGGAAUAGCUGUAAUUGAGGAAAAUUCUACUGAAGCUGUAUCAUUAUACAAGGAAGCAUUGGCUUUAGCUGAGGAGCACGCGGAAGAUUUUCGCUUGGACCCUUUGUUGAAUAUUCACAUUCUUCAUAAUCUUUCUGAGAUACUCCCACUGGAAGCGAAAUGCUUGGAACAGUGUUCCCUAAAUGGGGAGCACCUACCAGUAAACCCCGGGAGGGUGGUCUUCAAGAGACAGAACAAUGAAAAGUGUGAGCAACUAGUUUUCAAGAGGCGGAAAGUUUGUAGGAAAGACAACUCUACAAUUGAUGCUGGGAAUUUACAGGAUAUUACUUUUGACAUUAAAGAAAAUGCCGUAAAUGUCAACCUAGAAGGUGAUAGUGUACCCCACACAUCAUGCAGUUCCUCUGGUGAUGAAUCUCUGAAAUCCACCUGCGAGAAUAUGAAACAGAAAUACUUAUCUGCAUUUAGUUCAAGACUUUACAGUGCUCAAGAAGAAUUUAAAAAGUCAUAUAUGCAGGUUUGUUCUGGAAUCAGUGAAAGAAAAAAUCAACACUCAGAUUGGUGGAUGGAAGCCCUUAUUGAUGCUGAGCAGAACAAAGAUUUUUCAUUUGAUUUAAUCAGAAAGAUUGAAGAAGCCAUAUCAGGAACUCUAAACAAUUCAAGAUCUUCGAAGAUGCCAUCUGGUUUCCGAUCCAUAAGUGGCCUAAAGUAUCAUAUCCAGAGUGGUUUGGACCUGCUGGAAGCCUCUAGGAAAGUUUUACUUGAUCAACUUUUGGAAAUUGAUCAGACGAUGGAAAAUCCAAGGGAGGAGGAUAUUGAACGCGUACGAUAUUGUCAAAACUGCCAGAUCAAUGGUGAUGGCCCUUCAUGUGUUAUGUGUGAACUAGACGAAUUGUUUCAGCAUUAUGAAGCAAGGCUUUUUCGUCUCAAUAAAGCACAUGGUGGGAUAAUUUCAUCUGCUGAAGAGGCUGUAGAUCUGCAGAAAAAGAACUCUGCUCUCAAUCGAUUCUAUUGGAAUUUGUCACAGCAAAAUAAAACAUCAAAAUCAGCUUCCAAUGAUUAUGAAGAAUCAAGAAAAAGAGAUGUUCGAGAAAAAGUGGUGGUUUCAAAAUCUCCGUCUGAAUUGGAGGUUGUUCUUGGAGUUAUAAAGAGUUAUUGCAAGACUCACUUGGGAAGAGAUGGUUUGUCAGCAGCAACCAAGCACCUACACAUUCUUGAGGGCAUGAGAAAGGAGUAUGCUCAUGCGAGGGCUUUGGCAAUUUCUCAAGCUCAAGUUCUGCAAGCUCAUGAUGAAAUCAAGAUGGCUACUACAAGGUUGCAGUUACAAGUGAAUGAAGAUGAUAAAUCCUUGAAUGCUUUGACUAAAGAAGAAUUACCUUCAGCUAGCGUGCAGUACUCCAGUGACAAGUUCAUGGCCUUGCACUUGUUAUCAUGUAUUAAAGGGAAACUUCGUUAUUUAAAGGGUUUGGUGCAAGCUAAACAGAAACUGCCAUUAGAAAGUCCAAAUAGCUCCUCAUUAACUGAAGAGGCAGCAGCAGCUUCUGCAUCAGCUAACACUGAACAGAAAAGUGAAUGCAUACCUAAAGUUGAUGAAUCAUGCCCAGUUUGUCAAGAGACAUUGAGCACUAAAAAGAUGGUUUUCCAAUGUGGGCAUAUUACGUGCUGUAAAUGUUUAUUUGCAAUGACUGAACAGAGAAUACUUCGGGAUAACAAGGUUCACGAUAAGUGGGUAAAGUGCCCUACUUGUCGACAGCAUACUGAUGUCGGAAAUAUUGCGUAUGUUGAUGAUAGUCAAAGUGAAUCUAGUAAUUCUUCUAUGAUUCAUACAAUUGAAGGUCUUGAAAAUAGUGCGGCAUCUAUUGUGGUUCAAGGUUCAUAUGGAACUAAGAUUGAAGCAGUGACAAGAAGAAUAUUGUGGAUCAAGUCCAAAGAUCCAAGAGCAAAAGUACUUGUUUUUUCAAGUUGGCAUGAUGUCCUUGAUGUAAUAGAACAUGCAUUAACCUCUAAUUCUAUUACCUAUAUUCGGAUGAAAGGAGGCAGGAAAUCACAUGUUGCAAUUAGUGAAUUUAGAGGACAAAAGAGCAGCCCAAAAGGGAAGAAAAAGAAACCUACACAAAAACCAGAACAAUCUAUUCAAGUGCUGUUGCUCUUAAUUCAACAUGGAGCCAAUGGCCUCAAUCUUUUAGAAGCACAGCAUGUUGUUCUUGUUGAGCCUCUACUCAAUCCAGCGGCAGAGGCACAAGCAAUCAGUCGGGUACACCGAAUUGGGCAGGAAAACAGGACACUAGUUCACCGUUUCAUUGUGAAAGACACAGUUGAGGAGAGUAUAUAUAAACUCAAUCGAAGCAGGAACACAACAACAUUCAUUAGUGGGAACACAAAGAAUCAAGAUCAGCCCUUUUUGACACUAAAAGACAUUGAAUCCCUUUUUGCAGCAGCACCAUCCGCUGUUCCAGCACCAGAAAAUGAAGAUGAAACAGCCAAUAAUCUAAGACAUUUGCCACCUUCUACAGCAGCCGCUAUAGCAGCUGAGAGGAGACUCAACAAGCAUACAUUGUCAUCAUAACUCAGUCACGCAACAGUAGUUGUAAAGAAGAAUGACAGUAAAUUAUUCCUUUUUACUGAUUGUGUAAGUCCUUAGCUCUAACCAUUUUUCUGAGUUAUUUUUAGUCAUACAUAACAGACUAAUCACGCCCUGUAUACCAUUUUAGUAGUCGUUGUAUUAGAGCUCUGCGGAGACUAAUUUAGAAUUGUAAUUGAAUAAUAUACAUGUGAAAAUGGUAAAUGUUCAGUCUCAUCUAGAGCUAAAAGUCAAUUGUUUGAAAA